GGGGAAGGUGACCAUGGAGACAUCCCUUCAAUUGGUGCUACAUUGGAUAUUUAUUGGAAUAUUUAUUGCAAAAGAGUUCAGCACCUGUUGAUAUCAAGCAGUAAAUCCACCCCCAUUCAUCAGAACCCGAUGGUCCGAAUCGAAAUCUGUUGAUGAUGAUCUCGUCCUACCCCAUCCUUCAAAGUCUCACGGCCAUUAGUCCAAACAACAAUCUACACAGGAAAAGAGCAGAGCUCAUAACAAUGUUUUGGACAUCUCUUGGAUGAACCUUAAAAGUAGCAGGCGGAUCCAAUCGAGCUCCGUGUUGCGCCACAAGACAUCGGAGAAACGCAGAUCUAACGGCCUUUUGCUAAAGGACAUAUGUGUGGACGUUUCCCACAGAUUUUCGUUUUCUUAUUAAAAUUAAUCUGUGUCCAUUCGUUACUGAGGCAAAUUAAUAUAUUUUUUUGUUGUCCUGCUCGCUGUGCUUUUUGAAAACUACAUAAUCCGUCCGGGGAAACCUCGGAUAUUGGAGAGCAAAAUAUCGCGGCCUCCUUAUAUUGAUCUAUCCGCGUUCCCAACCCCACAGGAACUGGAUAUUCCAUGCAGAUUAACCUCUACUACUGAGGCGAUACCAUUGAAUUUAAAUCCCCGGUUCAAAAUAAGGCAUCGAAGAAGCGACCACAUCCCAAGGGCCGUUUCCGCAGUCCACGGAAUCCACGGAGUCCGCGGUCGCCCGGGAACAGAUAGGGGGAGACUGCAACUAUCAGCCCAAAGGCGCAUGAACAAAUAAAUACCCGCGAAUCAGGAUAUAUAUUUAUCUAUCUAGUCGUUUUUGCAGUGUCGGUGCAUUCUUUUCCUUUUGCUUCUGGCGCGCAAUUUGAAGAGAAAAAUUAAGAAUGGCGGUUCAGGAGGCCAAGAGUGAGCUUCACCAGGGCAAGAAGGAAACCAAUGGCAUCCAGCCGGAUAGCACGACAAAAGACGCAGGGACAUCCGCGAGCAAACUCGAUGAUGAAGCCGAGUUUGAAUUUGGAGGUGUGUUGGGUGCGUGCGUCAUAAUGAUUGGAUCCCCCUUGAUCAUGUACUACAUGUACAUCGGGGCAACGUUCUACGACGGCCAAUUUCCCUCCCGCGCAGAAGGUCAGAGCUUCAGGGAGUUCCUCGCACACCUCGUGGAUCUCGUGUACACCCAUGCGUUCCCGCAUCGCAAAGCUUGGACGAUAUACUGGACAUUGAUGGUGCUGGAAGGCGCAGGUUAUCUUCUGCUCCCUGGUGUGUAUGGCAAGGGAAAGCGGCUGCCGCACUUGGGCGGCAAACAGCUUGACUAUUACUGCUCAGCUAUCUCGGCGUGGUACUUGACAAUUGCAGUCGCUGUGGGUUUGCAUGUAUCAGGAACCUUCAAGCUGUAUACUCUCAUCGAUGAAUUCGGACCGAUAAUGAGCGUAGCGAUCUGCUCUGGGAUUCUGUUAUCAUUUGUUGCGUACUUCUCGGCCAUCGCGAGAGGUGUGCAACAUCGCAUGACCGGAUCUUUCUUUUACGAUCUCUUCAUGGGAGCAGAGCUCAAUCCACGUUUGUUUGGACUGUUGGAUAUCAAAAUGUUUCUCGAAGUCCGGAUCCCGUGGUACUUCCUCUUCCUUUUCACCCUUGGGGCGGCUUUAAGGCAGUAUGAACAGCUCGGAUAUGUGUCUGGAGAGGUCGGGUUCCUCCUCAUGGCCCAUUUCCUUUAUGCAAAUGCAUGCGCAAAGGGUGAAGAACUCAUCAUCACCAGCUGGGACAUGUACCAUGAGAAGCUUGGCUUCCUGCUGAUCUUCUGGAAUAUGGCCGGCGUCCCAAUGACGUACUGCCACUGCACAAUAUACCUCGCGCAAAACAAUCCGUCAGACUACAACUGGGGGCCUUGGGCCUUGGCAUUCCUCUAUGCUUCGUAUCUCUUUGUAUAUUGGGUGUGGGAUACAGCUAAUAGCCAGAAGAACGGAUUCCGGGCGCGGGAACAUGGUGUCGUGGUGAAUCGCAAAACAUUCCCGCAACUCCCAUGGAAAUUUGCCAAAAACCCACAAUGUAUCCGCACCAAGACAGGAGAUUCUCUUUUAUGCAGUGGAUGGUUCGGACUGGCCCGCAAGUUGCAUUACACCUGUGACUUCUAUUUUGCUUUCUGCUGGGGCUUAAUUACCGGGUUUAACUCGCCUUUCCCUUGGUUCUAUCCGGUAUUUUUCACCGUGAUGAUCAUCCAUCGGGCUCGAAGGAAUAUCCAUCGCUGCCGCGCAAAAUAUGGCGCAGCUUGGGAGGAGUAUGAACGCCGCGUUCCGUAUCUAUUUAUUCCGUAUGUCAUCUAAAUGGCGGUAUACACCCGGCUCAGAGCGAAGGUGAAGAAUGGUAUUCCAUGGAUGUUUUCAGCUGGCUUUACGUUGUUGUGGAAACCACGCGCAGGGAGGAGAACUGACAGCAUUUGAUGAUUGUAUCUUGAUGAUUGUAUCUUGCCUUCGCUUUGAGUUGUUCAUUUCAUGUACUGUAUGGAGGAAAUGUUAAUUAAAUAAUUCUAUUAAAAGCGGUACACAUACCGUUGAUGGUUUUGAAAAUGUCUCGAGAAGGGAAAGGGGAAUUGUAAACUAUAGUGAUACAUUGGAGGCGAUUUAUAUAUCGUUAUACGCAGAAAUUGAAUCCAGGGUUUUUAGGCCAUUGGCCCGACGUAAGAACUCGGUAGAUUUGACAUUCUGGUCCAAUCCGGGGCACGCAGCAACACCUCAUGGUUUGCCUGCAGCCAUAUCCCUUGAGCCCCCGGGGACCCCGGGGGGGGGGG